AUGGGCUCAAAAGACGAGAGCGGCCCAAACGCACCCAUUCACCUGAGCGUCCUCGAAGGGGAAUCGACCUCACUUCCGUGCCCCAUCGACACGGCGACCCGCGAACCAAUCGCAGCCGUCUGGUAUCACGUGGCCACCCGCGUGUACCAACAGUAUGGCGGCUCGCCUUACACCACCAACGGCCACCUGCAAGCAAAGAGGGCGUACGCGAUCGAAGCGCCAGAUCAGUCGACCUCCACGGCGGCGGGAGGAACUACCGGCUUGGUGGACGGAACGCACUGGAAGCAGCCAUUGUGGUCGGGAAGGGCGUUCUUCUCGUUGCUAAGCGACCCGCCUGCGUUGCGGCUCAACCGUUUGCAGCGCUCCGACAGCGGAAGCUACGUGUGCAACGUCACCUACCGCGACAACGUCACUUCCGCCGGCUUAGCGUUGACGGAGUCUCGCGUUGACCUCUUCGUAGCAGCACAGGCAUGCCCUCUGAGCAUCAAGAACGCCAGGGGCGCCACGAUCAAGGAGACAGCCGGCCCUUACGCUGAAGGAGACACCAUACAGUUGACCUGCGAAGUAGAAACGUGUGACCACGACGUGACGCUCACGUGGUACCACAACGGCACGCAGCUGAGGUCAUCGCGCGGUACCAUGGCGACGUCGGACGGCGGCUGGAAGAACGUCGCCACUCUGGGUCCACUGACUCGUCGGGAUCUGCUCUCGAACGUAACUUGCCUGGCGACCAGCAAUGUCUCGCUGCCGGGAGUCGCCACAGUGCUCCUCGACUUAUACCGUUUGGUGGAAUCAUCCAGCGCGGCUACGCAGCAUUCGCCUCCACCCAAUAUCGUCACCAUGACUACGACUUCUGGGCCAGGUCUCGCCCUUGCCGACCGAGAAGCCGUGCUUUUCGAGGCUAUGGGUGCGAUACGCUUUGGCUCGCCGUCUGGAUUCUCUAAGCCCGCCAGCUUCGAGUGCGAAGUCACCGGAAGUCGACCGGCGGCAAACGUCACGUGGUUCCUGGACGGAAAUGCAGUAGAGCCGGCUUUCAGUCGCAGCGUGACCGCGGGUAACGUGACCACCAGCAUGCUCCUCCUUCCGGCGUCGGCGCAGUCAGGGCGCCUUUUGGAGUGCCGGGCAGUCAACGGAAACCUACCCGAGAGCAGAGGGGUGCUGAGCCGCUUCCUCAACGUGGACAUGUCCCGCAAAACGGAAGUUAGCAUUCGUCUUGGCGCGGGCCUCAAUGCUAGCCACAUUGUCGAGGGUGCGGACGUCUACAUGGAGUGUUCGGUGCUGGCUGCAUCGAAGGUCGUCGACGUCACCUGGCGUCACGAAGGAACGCCGGUGAAGGAGCUCACUGGGGACGAUGGACCGUCCGACGCUUUAGUGACGUCUCGCUACCUAGUCAUCCGAGGCGUGACCGCCGACCAGUCCGGCCGUUACACUUGCACCGCCAACACUGCUGAUGGCGAGAGCGUGGAGAGUGUCCCCCUGGAGCUUCGUGUUAGAUACGCGCCACGCUGCGGUGUUCCCCAAUACAAGGUUCUGGCGGCAAGGCCCAACGAGCAACUGAACGUCACCUGCGACGUGACCGCGGAUCCUGGCGAAGAGCUGCAGUUCUUUUGGAUCGCCGAGGACGCCGCCGGAAAGAGGCGCCAGCUGACGCGAACCCAGGGCGCCGGAACACAAUACGCGUGGUUGGAAGAGGGGACUCCGGAACUCCAGAGAUCGAACCAGCUGGAAGUUGUUGUGGACGCGCAUUUGUUUCACGCGACGCUUCUCUGCUGGGCGAGGAACGCCGUGGGCACGCAGCGGGAGCCUUGCAGAAACCGCUUCCAGUUGCGGCGUGACCGAGAAUCCAGCCUCGACUGCACUGUUGGGAACUACACGGACACUUCGUUCUCAAUCGCGUGCUUUUCUCGUCGGCACGGUCGAGCCUUGAGCGGCGAGGCACACGGAGUAAAAGCCACCAAAACCCGGCUACGCAUCGAGCUGUUCGACGCGACGGCGGGUAACAGGUCGGUGCGAGGAUUCUGGGUAACCUCCGCUGAGACCAGCGGGGACCCUCUUUUGCUGACCGGUCUCAGGCCGGCAACGGACUACCUGGUGCUGGCGAGGCUGGAGACGGAAUCUAACACGUUCGUCACUUACGUCAGGACCCUGGCACCAGCCCAGAGCCUCAGAAAACAUAUAGCAUCGACAGAAAACACCGCCGUGCCUCCGCCCAGGGACACCACGGUCCUCGUCAUCGUCUGCGUCGCUGUGGCCGCCACGUUAGGUUUAGCGGCGGCUAUCGGAGCGGUGCUGUGGUUCAAGUACCACCGGAGGAGGUCGCGGCUGCUGAAUGCCACGGUUUCUCUAAAGCGUGCCGAACACAAGGCGUACCUCGCUUCGGACGCUUCGUGCAGCUGA